AAACGGCGCCUGUAGCCUCGUGUAGCCUGACGGCCGCGGCUCGGCGCACAUUCUCCGGCAGCAGCAGCAGUCAGUGAAGGCAGCGGACACGGGGAGCAGCGGACGGCCAGUGCAGCGGAUUACCGAACAAACUGUGGACAUUUAACACAUCUCGUCUCUCCUGCCGCUGUGCGCCCUGCCCGCUUACAGAGUGUCAGCAUGUCCAGUGAGGUGCAGCCGAGGCCGGACGACAGCCCCAACACCAGUGGGGGAAGCUCGGACGCUGAGCAGAGGGAAGCGGCUCCUCCGGAACAGUCGGGCCCCGAGCAGCGGGACCAGACCCAGCCCAAAAAGAAGGAGGCCAAAAUCUCCAGCAAGACCGCUGCCAAGCUCUCCACCAGCGCCAAGAGGAUCCAGAAGGAGCUAGCAGAGAUAACUUUGGACCCACCACCAAAUUGCAGUGCCGGUCCUAAAGGAGACAACAUUUACGAGUGGAGGUCGACCAUCCUGGGCCCUCCGGGCUCCGUGUACGAGGGAGGAGUGUUUUUCCUGGAUAUUGCCUUCACACCAGACUACCCCUUCAAACCACCCAAGGUGACGUUCCGCACCAGGAUCUACCACUGUAACAUCAACAGUCAGGGGGUGAUCUGUCUGGACAUCCUGAAGGACAACUGGAGUCCUGCCCUCACUAUCUCCAAGGUCCUGCUGUCGAUCUGCUCCCUGCUCACUGACUGCAACCCUGCCGACCCUCUGGUGGGAAGCAUCGCCACACAGUACCUGACCAACAGAGCUGAGCACGACAGGAUAGCCAAACAGUGGACCAAACGCUACGCCACAUAGAUCAUCUCAACUGCACCAGGACCCCUCCACCCCACCCAACACACACCCACACACACACAGACACACACACACACACACUUCUGACACCUCCCCUCCUCCGAAAUCUAUGGAAGCACACCCGCCCCUGUCAUCCACCCUGCCCCCGUCCCUGAAAAACGAACUGUUAUUUGUUCCAUGCUGACUUGAAAAGCUUCUUUUUUAUACAAAGAGUCUAUUGGGAUUGUAUUUUCCAAUACACUGAAUGUUGAUAUGGUCAUGAAAAGCUUUAAUACUGUUAUUGUUCUUGUUGAUGUUGUUGUUCUUAUUGUUAUUGCAUUGUGUAUAACAUUGUUGCCACCCUUGUCAUCUUCUCUAUCUAAGAGUGCGUGUAUUAUUCCCAUUUCAUGUGAUGGUUUCAUGUAAAAAUGAUCAUACAGAGUGCGUUUGUUUAGUUUGUUUCCCUCCAGUGGUUUUACAGCUCAUGGUCAAUAUUAGUGCAUGGCAUCAGGAUAUGUGUUCCUACAGUGGACAUGUGGUCAUGGUAUUAUUUCUGUCCCGCGGAGUUCAGAGUUCUGGCAUGGAGUGAGCCCAUCACUGUGUAUGAUGAUAGUGGUAGUUUGCUGUACAUUUAAUGCCUUGUAAGAAUACAUACUCAUUGAAUACUCAAUUAAACACUGGCUGUAAUGUGACCGA